AGGUGCAAACCAUGAGCAUCGAGCUGGCGCGAGAAAGAGGACGAGAAGAGGCUUUGUCGACCUCCGAAGCUGAGGUCGACCUCUCCACUGGGGAAGGGGAUCGAGAAGUCUUGAGAUCCACGGUGGGGGUGAUGCAGGAGGUCAUGCAGAUGUGCUUCAGAUUGGUCUCCAGCGAAUGUGGAGGAAGAUCUUUGGAAAAUAGCUUCCCCAAGAUCUUGCAAGAGCUCGCAGACGUGGGGCAAUGCUGUCAGCAACUGCAGCAGCAAUUGGCACACCAACAGCAAUUGGCCCACCAGCUCUCUUCUGCGGCCAGGUCCCAAAGAGAAAUUGAGAAUACUCAGAUGCUGGGUGGUCUUUUGAAAUGCUGUCGCGUUUUAUUCUUGAAUCCCCAUGCUGGGAAUGGUUAUCCCAUGUUAUCCCCCAGAAAAAGAUUCUGCGCUUCACCAACGCACCCAGGAUUGAUCAAAUGCAGUGGCCUGAGCGCAUGGAAUCCUUAGUGGGGUUGCAGCAGGACAUGCAGCUGGAGUACAAGACCGCGGCGGCCGAGCUCCUCCACCUCCGAGAGCAAUCCAACGAGUUGGCGCAGGCGCAUCGGAAGCUGGAAGCUGAGGAAGCAGACGCAUCGGCGAAGGAUACUUCCUGCUCCAAGUUGGCUGUCCAGCCUUUGCUUUCCAAUCCGGCGCUGGAGGCGCCGCUGCGACGCUUAGAGCAGCUCUGCAGCAAGGAACGCCACCUGCUGACCGCGGCCACCUUCGAGGCAGCCGACAGCAGACGCAGCUUUGACGAAGCCAGCUUCGCGGCCCAGGCGGCCAAGACCUUUGCUGUGGCGGUGAAGGGCUGGGCACAAGCUGCGGGAAAAGAGGCGCAACUGGCCAUGGAAAAUGCUGCUGCCUCGCAACUGGAGCUUGAAGCUGCUGCGGCGGCGCGGCACGGACGCGCACGGCAGCUCCUGGAGGAGCAACAAGCAGACGAGCUGCGAAGGGAGGAGGAAGAGGAGCACUUGGAAGCGCAGGAGUUGAGCAAGCGAAGCUCAGAGCUUUUGGAGCGCUCCAAGCUGCUCCAAGGGCUCCAAGAGGGCCUGGCAAGUGUGCACCUGGAAACCAAGGAGCUCCGCAGCCAAUCCGCGACGCUGGAGAUCCAUGCCGCUGAGCUUCGCAGGCGUGCGCAGGCCUUGGAGCCGCGCGAGGCUGGAGAUCCGAGCGUCGUGAUCCCAGAGGUGAUGCAGCAGCUGGAUGAGAGCUGGGCAAAACUGCAGACCGAAGAGG